AGAAAGAGAACGUCUAGUAAUUGCCGUCCAUGACUGCAAUGUCAGAAGCAACGUCGACUCCCGCGCAACGGUACACCCUAGGAUCUCGAUAGCGGCGUGCGCGCAGUCGUCGUCGCGGCCUUAACCGCCAUGGGUCGUUCUCUCCGCACGUUUGCGGCCUACACGCAGCCGUUCGUAGUGAAAAAUGCCCGAUACGCAACCACCGGCUGCCCGUUCUCAAAACGGCAACGUUCCCAAAUAGCCCCAACUGCGGAAUUGAGUGAAGAAAUUUUCUCAAAUGCUAAACCUUACUCCGAAGUGCCUGGACCAAGACCGAUCCCGAUUCUGGGGAAUACGUGGCGGAUGGUGCCUAUAAUCGGGCAGUUCGAUAUUUCAGAAUUCGCGAAAGUGACCCAACAUUUUUUGGACACUUAUGGGAGGAUUGUGCGUUUAGGUGGCUUGAUUGGAAGACCGGAUCUGCUAUUCGUUUAUGAUGCGGAUGAAAUAGAGCGGAUGUACCGUCGGGAAGGGCCGACGCCGUUCCGUCCUGCUAUGCCUUGCCUCGUCAAAUAUAAGUCUGAAGUCAGGAAGGAUUUCUUCGGAGAACUGCCAGGAGUUGUUGGAGUACACGGAGAGCAAUGGCGUCGUUUUCGUUCGAAGGUCCAGCGCCCCAUACUGCAGCCACAAACAGUGAAGAAGUACGUGGCUCCCAUUGAAAUGGUGACAGAAGAUUUCAUCAAGUACAUGGAGAAAGCUCGCGAUGAAAACGGAGAUCUGCCUCAUGAGUUCGACAAUGAUAUUCAUAGAUGGUCGCUUGAGUGUAUCGGUCGCGUCGCCCUCGAUACCCGAUUGGGUUGUUUGUCUCCGGAUUUAACCAGCGAUUCGGAAACACAGCGCAUAAUUGAUGCGGCAAAAUUUGCGCUUAGGAAUGUUGCUGUGUUGGAACUUAAGGCGCCGUAUUGGAGAUACAUACCGACUCCGCUGUGGACGAGAUAUGUUAACAAUAUGAACUUCUUUGUAGAGCUUUGCAGCAAAUACAUCAACGAAGCUCUCGAACGGCUAAAAACAAAAAAAGUGACUUCAGAGAACGAUCUGUCUCUUCUGGAGCGAGUUCUAAGGAGUGAGGGAGAUCCAAAGAUCGCUACCGUCAUGGCGCUCGAUCUUAUUCUAGUUGGAAUUGAUACGAUAUCAAUGGCAGUUUGCUCAAUCCUGUACCAAGCGGCGACAAGGUUGAAGCAACAGGAGAAGAUGGCAGAGGAGAUCAGAAGAGUGCUACCAGAUCCCAGCAAGCCUUUGACUUACUCAGACUUGGAUAAACUACAUUACACCAAGGCAUUUGUUAGAGAAGUGUUUAGAAUGUAUUCUACUGUUAUUGGCAAUGGCAGAACACUUCAAGAAGACGACGUCAUUUGUGGUUACCACAUUCCUAAAGGCGUUCAAGUGGUAUUCCCCACUAUUGUGACGGGUAACAUGUCCCAGUUUGUCUCCGACCCUGAGGAGUUCAAACCCGAGAGGUGGCUGGAGAAUGAUGGCCGUCUGCAUCCCUUCGCCUCCCUUCCAUAUGGAUUUGGAGCCCGCAUCUGCCUCGGUCGAAGAUUUGCUGAUUUGGAAAUUCAAAUUCUUUUAGCGAAGUUAAUCCGCCGAUACCGUUUGGAAUACCAUCACGAGCCGCUCGACUAUGCUGUCACAUUCAUGUACGCACCCGACGGACCUCUGCGCUUGCGCAUGAUUGAACGAUAAGCUUACAAAUUGUAUUAAAAAUAAAAUAAUGUAAUAAUACUUGAAGUUAAUAAUUACAGGUGUAAUAAUAUUAUGUGUAUAUGUUUGUCAUAAGUAAUAUACUUAGAUAUCCACUAUAAGUCCUUGUUUUUUUUUAUAAUGUAACAAAAUUCAAUAUUCAUUAAUAAAGUAGGUACAUUAUGGAAAAAAAAUGAGAUUAAUCUACUUAUUUUUUGUAUAAUACGCCAAUGAAAUAAAAAUAAGUAUAAAAAGAGUUAUUUACAAAUCAAUUAAAACUAAGGUGUUUUCUGGUAAUUUAAUUACGUUAUUGUAAAUUAAUGUAAGUUUAAAACAUUCGUGUUUAACGCAAUCUGUAAAUAAAGAGCAUAUUUUUUU